ACUAGUUUAAGUCGGGGUCCACGUUAAUCAAUUCAUGUACAGUAUGAACAUGGUUGUAUUUAACUUUCUGUUUUUACAAACAACUUGUCGCCGCGGCCGACUACACGUAACAGUGGCUGUAAACCAGCCUGUCUAUAUUUGUAAAUAAAGCUAUUUACUUGCAUUUACACCGUACAACUUACCAAUGACAUUAUUUUUUACGUCGACGUGUUUUAUUAGUGGAACUAAAAAAUAGUUACUUGCGUUUCUACACGGUCGUGCUUCUGCAUUGGGCUAGGCAUGCGUUGAAAAGCACAUUGUUUCCGGUAUCUACCGUUUAGCCGUGUUUUACCUUUUUCGCUGAUGAAUACCCUCAUGUCUCCGCCGGAGGUAAUCCUGGGUUUCCUGGAGGACGCGGAGUCUUGGCGGCUUUGCUCCCCGCAGUUCCCCAGUAAAGUUGGGGGGAAACCGGCGUGGCUUUCCCUGCGAGGCCUGCCCUCGCUGUCCGGACUGGAGUGUGAGACAUGUCGCCUGCCGAUGCUCUUUCUCCUGCAGGUCUACGCCCCAAUUCCAGGUCAAGACAGAAGUUUCCACAGAACCCUCUUUGUGUUCUGUUGUAAAAACCCCAAAUGUUACGUCCGCAGUGACAGCUGCUGUAUGAAAGUAUUUAGAAGUCAGCUGCCUCGGAGGAAUGAGUUCUACUCCUACGAGCCGCCAGCAGAGACCGAAGCCCCGUGCGACUUUGAUCCAAACCAGAGUGUGCUGCCCACCUCUGGAGUUAAGCUGUGUUGGGUGUGCGGUUGCCCCGGCAACAAAGCUUGCUCUCGCUGCCACGCUGUCACAUACUGCGGGAAACAUCACCAGACGCUCCACUGGAAGAACGCGCACAAGCAGGAGUGCUGCUGCGGCGGCCGCCAAGAAACAUCGGCCUGCCCCUUUCUCUUCCCGCAGUUUGAGCUCUUAACAGAGCCUGAGGAGGAAAAGGAGGAUGAGGGGGAUGAAGCAGAUGAGGCCAUCAGUCAGACGGGUGCAGACUGUUCCGCCAUAACAGAAACACUUGCAGAGACCGACCUGGAGGAGAUGGCCAUGCAUGAGACAGAGGAAGACCGGGUGUUCCAGCGCUUUAAAAGGAAGAUUGCACCGGAGCCUCACCAAGUGUUGCGUUACAGUCGAGGCGGAUCCCCACUCUGGGUGUCUUUGCAGCACAUCCCUUCAGAUACAGACAUCCCAGCAUGCACCUGUGGCGCUAAGAGGACUUUUGAGUUCCAGGUGAUGCCCCAGCUGCUCAAUAGUCUGUGUGUGGACUCCACGGGAGACAGUAUCGACUGGGGGACUCUAGCAGUCUAUACCUGUUCUGUCAGCUGUAGCCAUGACGAUCAGUACUGCCUUGAGUUCAUUUGGAAGCAGGACUUCGGCUCAGGCUUGCCAAGUCAAAUUAAACAGCCAUAAAAGUAUAUUACGUACAGUACCUUAUUUCCCCUCACAAUAUAUUGUACUGGAUAUUUGUUUGACACAUACAUGACUGACUGGUUUCAGCGUCCAGUAAGUCACACCAGUCUGUUUUAGCCAUCAAUUUCCUCCUCGUGGUUUAUUUACAUUCCCAGCUCUCCAUAUGACUUGUACAAUGCAAUCACAUAGUAAAUGAUUCGUGGGUAAAAAAAAAAAUCACAAGACCUUGUACCUUAUCUCCCCAUAUUUAAGUACACCUUACUUCAUGCUUUUUCCCAUGACUCCCUAACAG